GUUUCAUUGGGGGGGGGGGGAUUAUCUCCAUCAUGGCUGCCAAUCAUAGAGGGAGCAUUACGUAUAUAAAAUUACGUAUAUAAAAUGAGAAAGUUAGGUUAGAAACGCACAUGACUCUCAGUAGGAAUUAAGACACCAGAAAGCAUCUCAAAUGGAGAGUUAUCUGUAUACAUAACCUAUCUAAUUUAAUAAAACGAAGAUGAAAUUGAAAUCUAAAAAGGUGGAACGGUCAAACGUGAAAUCAGUGAGAAAAUCUCGCAAACAGAUACGCAAGGAGCUCAGAAAACAGAAAAAAAUCAAUAGAUCAAAUUAUUUCAAAAGCAAAAAUGAAUCACGUGCUGCGUCUACACACGCCAGUGACAGUCAGGAUCACAAACUGGGUAAUAAGAGCGUGAAAGAAGGACCUAAGAAAUGUACAAAAGAAACGAAAAAAAAAAAACCUGAAGACCUUGAGCGUCAACGAAGAAAGGUAAAAAAUAGGUUGCUCAAAGCAGCCAAUCUAAAGGAAGACAAAGUAAUUAAAAAAUUGGAAAAGCAAUUGAAGUUGAACAAGAGAAAAAAAGAGACAAUUUCAAAGUCUUUUGUAUCAGAUGGUUUGGAUUAUCUUUUAGACGUUUGUUUAAGAAAAGAUCAAGACUGUAUUGUAGACACGGAGAAGCAAAUUUUAGAAAAUGAAUUCAAUAUCGACUCUUAUGCAAAUUCCUCGAUGACAGUGGAAAAAAACGAAUGUACAGACGACAAACUAGAUAUUAUUAAUGAAAGUGAAGAUGAAAAUGUUGAUUCUGUUGCAUUCGUUGAAAAACAAUCUCAUAAUAAGAGUGAUUCAAAUAAACUGGCACCAAAGACUAAAAAAAUAAAAUCAACACAGAUGAAAAAGUCCAAUGAUAUUGACACUAAUGACAAAGAUACGUGGGAAGAUAUUUAUGGAAGAAAAAGAGAUAAAGAAGGUAACAUUAUAGACAAUGCCAGCAGAUACAUUCCACCUGCUGCACGAAUGAACACUGUACAUAGUACAAAUCCAGAUGAUGAAAAAUUACAAUCGUUGAGGAAACAAUUGAAAGGAUGUUUAAACAGAGUGACAGAACAUAAUAUGUAUAGUAUAGCAAACCAGGUUGAAGCGAUGUAUAUGACAAAUAGUCGUAAUAACAUGAACGAGGUAUUAUCGCGAUUGGUGAUUGAAAGCUUAGUGUCGCACGUGAUCACACCAGAUCGUCUUAUUUCUGAGCACAUGAUGCUAAUUGUGAUAUUACAUGCUAAUAUUGGCAUUGAAGUAGGUGCUCAUUUUUUAGAGAAACUCGUUAAACAAUUUACUGAAACACUGGAGAAGUCACAAGAUGUAGCAAACAAAGAAUUGGAUAACAUUGUCCUUAUGAUUUCACAUUUAUAUAAUUUUAAAGUGUUUGGAUACAAACUUCUUUAUCAGAUACUUGAUAAAUUGGUGAUAAAGUUUACGGAAAAAGAAAUUGAAUUGAUACUGAUAAUUCUGAAAACAGUGGGAUUUUCAUUGAGAAAGGAUGAUCCGAAUGCUUUAAAGGAAUUUAUACAAAGUCUGCAACAAAAGGCUGGCCACGAGACUGAAAAGAAUUCAAGAGUUAAAUUUAUGUUGGAAAUUUUAUUAGCCAUAAAAAAUAAUAACAUCAAUAAAAUACCUCAAUACGAUCCUUCUCAUGUGGAACACUUGAAAAAAAUUAUGAAAGGCAUAAUACGCAAAGGUAAUUCAAUAACACCAUUCAAUGUAUCUCUGACGGAUUUGUUGUACGCCGAUGAGAAUGGAAAGUGGUGGAUCGUAGGAUCAGCAUGGUCUGGUCCGAAUAAUGUGAAUAGUAAAUCAGUUGCAAAAGAACACAAGCUUAAUUUUAGUACAAAAAUUCUGGAAUUGGCACAAAAACAGAGAAUGAAUACCGACAUAAGGAAAAAUAUUUUCUGUAUCCUUGUGACGGCUGAAGAUUAUUUAGAUGCAUUUGAAAAACUGCAUCAUCUUGAUUUGAGGGAUCAACAAGAAACAGAAAUAAUACAUGUUGUAAUGCAUUGCUGCUUACAAGAAAAUAAGUUUAAUCCUUAUUACGCAGUAUUAGCUCAGAAAUUGUGCGAAUAUAACAGAAAAUAUCAGCUUACAAUACAAUAUAAUCUUUGGGACAAAUUAAAAACACUGGAGACAUAUGAAAAUAAACAGUUAUCUAAUUUGGCACAAUUUUUAAUUUACUUAUUUAUUGAAAAAUGUCUUACUAUAUCAAUUUUGAAAGUUAUUCAUUUUACCGAACUGGAAAGACUUACUACGAAAUUUCUUGAACAAAUUAUAUUAGGAAUUCUUUUGCACGAAAAUGAACAAGCUUGUUUGCAAGUAUUUGAAAGAAUCUCUGUUUCUUCUCAAUUACAGACUUUCAGAGAGAGCCUUCGUUUGUUUAUAAAUUGCUUUUUAAUAAAAAAUAUACAUUCGUAUGACAUUUUAGACGAGCAGAGAAUAAUUCUAAAAGAGAGGAUCGAAUUGGUAGAUAAAUUAUUAAUUUUACACGGGUCAAAAAUUGGAUUUUAAAUUUGAAAUAUAAUAAAAUACAAAAAUUCUGUUGAAAACGAAACAUAUUCAAAAUAAUUUACAGUAAUACUAAUGUUUGAUAUUGAAACAACUCGCUGAUCAUAGCUGCCUUAUCGAUUAUAAGUAUCAUCGAUAAUAUGUUUCUGAAUGUAUUUCGAAUAAAAUUCUUACACUCUUA